AUGAGAAUCCAUUAUGAGCACACAUGUAAUGGCCAAUUGGUCACAAUUAAUGAAUAUGGAACUUAUUAUGCCCUAGUUGGUGUUUUUGAAAAUGGUUUACUGGCAAUGGAAUGGAGCCCAGAUCAGGAUUUGUUGGUUUUGGUCACUAAAGAUUUAAAAAUGAUAACAAUGUCAUAUACCUUUGAUCCAAUCAGUGAGGUUGAAUUACUGGACCAAGAUUUUGGUAAUAAACAAUUCAUUACUGUAGGGUGGGGUAAACAAGAAACCCAAUUUCAAGGAUCUGUUGGGAAACAGGCAGGAAAAAUGCCGCCAGAUCUAAUUGAUGACCAGUAUGUAACCACAGACACAUUAGUUAAGAUAACUUGGAGGGGAGAUGGGAAUUUUUUUGCUGUUGGUUUCCAAAUGGAAGGCAUAAGAAGGGAACUUGCGAGCGCACUAAAAGAAGAGAAACGUCAUACAGAAGCAUUAAUUGUAUUAGAACAAUAUUUGAAAAAUAAAGAAGAAGCCAUAUGCUAUGCUAUAGAAAAUGGCCAAUAUAAAACAGCAAUCAGACUUUGCUCAAAUUUGAAUAAACAGGAUAUUAUAGAUAAACAAUUAUUGCCUGCUGCAUUAGAAGAAUUGCAUAAUUUGCAAGAGUUGAUUGCAAAAAAUUUUGAUGAAUUUACCAAAUACAAAACAAGGCUGUCGAAGGUUCGGGAAAUUAAGGUUGAGAAAAAGGAUCAAAUUUAUAAGGAUUUUAAUGUAAACAAGGAGGAUGAUCUAUACUCAGACGCAGGAAGUACUAUAGCUUCUUCAUCUGGAUCUGGAAGAUCUUAUAGAUCAAGUAAAAAUAGAAGAAAACACCAGAGAAAAGUGGCAUCUUUGAAAGAAGGCUCUCAGUAUGAAGAUGUUGCCCUUAUAAUGACACUUCACAAUCUUGUUACAUCUUCUUUCAACUUAAGAUUGCAAGUCAAAAAUAUAAACAUUGUUUUAAAGUAUUUAAACAAAGAUAAAAUAGCGAAUCAAUUACAGAAAAAUCUUGAAAACUUGUUAAAUUUCAUGAAAGAUAGUUUCAAAGAAAUUUGGACAAAUGAAUUAGUUUUACAAGCUGCCAAAGCUGCAGUGGAUGCUGAAAAUAUUCCUGAAGGUUCAAACAUAAUAGCUGAUAGCCUGUCAUUUCUUGAACCUCAUGUAAGAGUAGCUCCCAUUAUUCAGAAUUUCAGUUGGAAACUGGAAGAGUUAAGC